AUGGCUACCGAUAAAGGGAGUGAUUGUGUGGUCCAUACUGGCAGUCAGGGGCUUGUUCCAGUCACUGUGACCGGACCGUGGUGGUCGCUUAGUGGAGGCACAGGAGUAAGAGGAGGAGAUAGUUGUGGGCUGGGGACAGUGGCAGGCCCAGGGGUGGGGACAUGGCCAUGGGGGGGCCGCAUACCGUCCUCCACCCUGCACCGGGACAGACGCUGGGGCUGGGGGUCCUGGAGCGGGGGUGCAUCCAGGGGAGCUCCCAGAAUCUCAGAGCUCAGGCCCUGGUUAAGCGGAGGGAUGGUUACAGGUGGAGGUAGUACCGGGGUAGGAGGUGGAGUGGAGAAAGGAGGCAGGGUGAGAUGUUCCCGCCGAAUCUGGGUUCUCCUCGGCUCCUUGGUUCUCAUCUUUCUCACUUCCCUAUUCUUGUCCGUGUCCCUUCGCGGGGGCGUCGGAUUCAACUACCUGGAACCACCCGGGUGGGAAGAGUCACGGCGUGUGAAGCUCGUGCCCAGCUACAUGGGUGCACACCGCCUGUCAUCACCUGAUGCCCCACAGCAGAAGACGUGUGCCUGCCCGCGCUGUGUCGGGGAUCCUGGAGUUUCUGAUUGGUUCGAUGAAAACUACGACCCGGAUAUCUCUCCUGUUUGGACAAGAGACAACAUGCAGUUACCCUCUGAUGUCUACUAUUGGUGGGUGAUGUUACAGCCCCAGUUUAAACCCCACAGCAUCCAGCAGGUGCUGCUGAGGUUGUUCCAGGUGAUUCCCGGAAGGUCGCCGUAUGGCUCGUGGGAUCCGGGACGCUGCCUGCGCUGCGCUGUGGUGGGGAACUCUGGGAACCUCCGCGGGGCCAGAUAUGGCGCAACCAUUGAUGAUCACAACUACAUUAUGAGGAUAAAUCUGGCCCCCACGGUGGGCUACGAGGAAGACGCGGGCAGCCACACCACUCACCACUUCAUGUACCCAGAGAGUGCCAAAAACCUGGCAGCCAACGUCAGCUUCGUGCUCGUUCCCUUCAAAACACUGGAUCUGGUCUGGAUCACCAGCGCUCUGUCCACGGGCCAGAUUCGAUUUACUUACGCUCCAGUGAAGCAGUUCCUCCGAGUAGAUAAAGACAAGGUCCAGAUCUUCAACCCAGCAUUCUUUAAAUACAUCCACGACCGCUGGACUAGACAUCACGGCCGCUACCCCUCCACUGGGAUGCUAGUGCUGUUCUUUGCUCUGCACGUCUGUGAUGAGGUGAACGUGUUUGGUUUUGGUGCAGACAGCCGUGGAAACUGGCACCACUACUGGGAGCAGAACCGCUACUCUGGAGAAUUUAGGAAGACCGGCGUUCACGACGCAGACUACGAAGCCCAGAUCAUUGAGCGGCUGGCCAAAGCCGGCAAAAUCACGGUUUUUCCUGGGAAAUAACCAGCAAACCAUCCUGCAUAUAUCUAAAGUUUAGUGUUAGAGGGCUGGUUCCGCAAACAGACACUAUACAGGCUGCUUACAUUGUGUUUUUUGCUUUCAAUUGCCUGCACAAGUUUAGGUUCUCAGCUGAAGUAAAACCAAAUGGCUACAGAAGACGAGACAAAGGGAUCACAGUUGGCACUCAACACUUUACUCCAUUCACGUUCCCCUCAUAUUAAAGGAAAUGCCCUCUGUCAAGCUGCAGGUUGCAUCUGUUAAGUAGCCACGAACAGGUAUUGUGUAGAUCCAACGUGACUCUUUUCGCUGCUCUAAAAGUGGGAGUUGAGCCUCAAAUUAGAAGAAAAAGGCUCAGGAUUUCACCUGGGCUGCGUUAGGACUGAAAGUCAAGGCAAAGGACAGCACAAACACAGGUUUGAGGGCCCGUGAAGGAAAACUUAACCAAUGACAAUAAAUACUGACUUUGUUUGCAGCGUGGAGGAUGCUGGAGAAGGAAACAGAGUAAAAAGAUGUCCCACUUUUGGACUAAAUCCAGAGGAAAAUAUUCACCUUGGAUGACAACCUAACCCUCAAUAAAUAACAGAGACACGCUAUCAUAUGUACUGAAAAGACGACAAAAGCUGAACGGUCAACGUCUAGAGCAAUGUUGUUCUACAUUGUUUGUUGUUCCCCUUGUUAGGUACAGACCUUCAGAAAAGGCUGAGGUUGCAGACGCAAAAGUGUAAUGUUGGACAUUUAAAGGACUCCAGAACUUAAAAGGCCACUUGAUAAACAGUUGUUCUUCUCAAAUCUUGACAAUUUUCACUGUAAACUCCUAUUUAUGUGGUUUCUACUGGAGAAGACAGUGUUAUAAGGACUUUGUCUGACAGUGGUGGGUUGUAAAAUGGUUCCUUAUAAGAGGGUGCGUGAUUGCUCUAGGUUUAUAGCAUAUGACUGUCCUCUAAAGUCCCCAGAGUCCUUACAGUCUCAGCAAGGCAUUAGCACCAUGCAGCUGACCCACAGAAGCACAAUGGAGACUUUUGCCUUUCAGCCAUUCUGACUCAGAAAGAUUACUGCAGCACUAGCACCGCAUCCUGCUUUUAAAUGCCACAACAACCACAGGCCCCUGCUACAGCCUUUAUUCACAUUCAGACUCGGAGAGGAAAUGUUCUGGGAGAAUGACGCUUUGACUGUGGUGAGGCCAAAAGCCCAUCUCCGGGGAUUUUAUGUUUGGAUGGAGGCAUGCUGGUGUCUGGGCCCCGAGUUUAAUCCUCAUGUGGUCUGUCCAGGUCUAAUUUGGGAGAAGAGGACUGAAAACAAAGAGCUGGGGCUUGUAGAAACAGACUGACAAAGCCGGCAUGAGAAGCAGAAAAUAGAAGAAUGCGUCGCGUCGCUGCUGUUUAUCUGCAGCCGCUUGCACAGCGCUACUCAAACUCACCGCUCUGGUUUGGAAAAGGUGGAGAAGCUAAGACUCCAGGCAAACUCCUACACCUCAGUGGAGUUAGAAACUGUUGGGAGCACUUCAUCCCAAAUUAAGGCCCAUUUAAUGGAGUGAAAGAAACCUCCACCAGAUAUUAGAGUUAUUAACUCAUUAGUAGCUUAGCAUCAUUAACCACUAGCCCCAGUCCCUCUUCAACCAAUUAAAACUUUCAGCUGUGUCUGGAGGGGGCGGAGCUACUAGUCGCCUUACACUUGACCUCUCUGCCAUAAAACUGCACAUCCUGUCCCGUUGUUUUCAUCGUGAUGACAUCCCCCCUCCCCUGCAGAACGCAGAGUUUGUGCUUAACUUUGUUUUAUUUGAUGGAUUUACAGGAUCACCUCAGAAAAAAAGUGUUUCUGUCACCAUCAUGUAGUAGUGAUUUACUCAUUGAUAUAUGUCUUUAACAAGAAAACAAGCAAAUGAUAGUUUAGGAUGUGCUGCUAGACCAUUUCUAGAGCAGAGGUAGAUGGGUGAAUUUGGUUUGAGCUGAGGUUGUAAAUUCAUCUAUGGAGAUGUGGUCAUAAAGAGGUGGAGGCUGAAAAUGAAAGGUACUUAGGGUUCCUACGCAGGUCUGCAAAACAUGAAGAAAAACUGGCAGAGUGAACUCAACUCGCUCUACACUCGCACCUAAUGUAGAUAUACUGAUUUGAAUCAUUAUCGUAAACUCAGCAUUUGUACUGAGAGCUGUGGCUUUGAAACUUUAUGUGCUUUUCUUUGUUUUCUUUCAUAUAUACUGUUACAAAUGUGGAUGCCCAUAUUAAAUAUUGCCAAAUUUUCAAGUAAUAAGGAAAGCUUCUAUAAAGGUAACUGCUGUGAGCUCUAAUCUCAGAUGUUACACUGUUCUAAAGACUUAGUUUAAUGUUUUUUUCUACUCUUGUGUCUGUCUGAUGACAGCUUGGCACAUAUUUCCUUAUGGUCAGCCACAGCUCUGGCUUUACUACAAUAAGGAGGCAAGGGUGCAAGACAGCCAAUCACAACACAGAGGCCAAAAUGUUUCUUUUAGAUGAUGCACUGAGUGCCUAUUUAAAGGGCCAGUAUAAGGUAAAUUAUUGAAAACAUUUUUUAACUGCCAAUCACACAGAAACCACAACAGAAAAUGAGCAUUAAUGGCCCCUUUUAACAUUUUUUUUUAUUUUUUUGAUAAUACUUCCGUCAGUCACAGGCUCGAUUCAGUGGUAAAUUGUCAAACUGUAAGUCAUAAAUUACUUAAAGACACUUAGUUUCAAAUUGACAUAUUUCAAAAAUAGUAUUAAAUAUUUAUGAGGAAACCAACAACAUUCAGAGUUAAAGGUAUCCUGUGGAGUUUUUGACCACUGGCAACAUUAUGGAGCAGCGUGUCCCUGUUUUCAUACAUCUGAAAUUAGAAAAUGUAGUAAUAUAAUGGUUUUCUCUGCCGAUGGUUUCAGCCAUUUUUUUUUUUUAUUUUGUUUUUUAAAUCAGCUUUGUUAAUGUUUUAUGAAUAGGAAAAAACACUGAGCUGGGUUGUUAGAUCUGCAGGAUAUACUUACAGAGAAACAAAACCUCUGCAGGCCCUGUCUCUGCUGUUGCUCUAUGAAGCUCCCAAAAUUCACCAGCAGUGUUUUUAUGUUUUUAUGUUUUGUUUUGUUUUAAUUUCAGCUCACAUUUUUCCACACCCGGCCUUCCUAUUUUAACCCAGGGCAAACAGCACAGACAGACUCAUAGACCAUGCUGCUCUGUGUGAAAAGUGCUAGGUACAGCUUGAAUAUUUUUCUUUAUGAGUCAGCGUGUAUUUAGUGACUCAUAAUGUGGCAUGCGCUGAGUUAAAAUACCAAAUCUGACACCCCCCUAAAAAUGGUUAUGAAGAUUUGUCAAUAGAAGCUGCGUAGGAACUGUGAAUGCCAACUUCUGCAGCACCUGCUUCAUCCAUGUGAAAUAAGACCUGUGUGAGAGAACAGGCACAUCUCUCCGAGAUUGUUGUUAUAACUUCGGGGAUAUCAUCCCCUGACAUUAUUACUGAGGUAUGUUGUUAUUAGCUGUUUUACAUUUUACAUGUACUUUAACCAUCAUUUUUACUGAGAACGAUUAAAGAGUACCCAUUAUGCUUUUCCUAAUUUUCUGUCAUAUAUAUAUAUAUACUGUUACAGAGGUGGAUGCUCAUAUCAAACAUGGCCAAAAUUUCAAUUACUGAGGUCAAAAAGGCUUCAGCCCACUCUAAUCACCCAGUUUCAGACAGUUAUGGGGGGGUCUGUGCCUAAUCUGAUCAUCUCAGCUAAUCAGAAGAAAGCUGGCUUAAAGGGAAAAGAGCCAACACUGGUUGUUAUCAGUGGCAAACUGAAGACCCAGUAUAUGAUAAAUAAAGAUUAUUUUGAGCUAUAAAUCAUUAAAGGCUACUGUGAGAGCCCAAGAAUAAAACACAACAAACAUGGAGCUGGAAAUGAGCAUAAUAGGUCCACUUUAAGCUGUGCCUCUGCUUCUGAUAUGAGCUCUGUUGGUGUAUUACUGUAUUGUCAUUGUACUUGAUUUCAGUGUUUUUAUUCCUCUUUGCACAUAACAGGAUGUUUUGGUGUUGCUGUGGCUGAUUCUGGACACUCUUUGUCUCUCUCUCUCACACACACACGUGUACACUCAUGCUUUCGUGCCUUGUCCUGCUGCUGGACAUCCUCUCGCCUACAGCUGCUCCAUCGGCAACACACACCUGCUGCCAUUUGCCAUUUUUUCCCACAAACACGUGCACACAAAAGCACACACAUGCACAUCUUCUGGCUGAGAACUGUGCCUUCUGAGCUGUACAUGCACACACCUUCAUGAAACACGCUCUUCUGCCUUCUGGUCACGGUACAAAUGUCCCCUGGUGUUCACUCCUUACUGCUUUGUACACUGACAUUGUUUUCUAAAGAUGGCUGUAGGCUGAGGGAGAGGAUGUAAACUCGUGAUGCAGCGUGACUCGCGGUGAAUUCAUAUUAGGCCCUUUGCUUCUUAUUGGGACACAGGGUAGAUAGUCGUGAGGCGAGAUAGACGGCAGACAGAGAGAGCUUGAAUCUGCUGGAUUCAAGCCCGCGACACUGCGGGUACCUGUCCUGUUCUUGUCUGUUUUGAAGCACGCCAUGAGUGUAGAACAGCAGAUGGAGACGAUAACAAAACAGCUAAAAUUUUAGACGUAUUACUGUACCGCUUCUGUGGUGAACUUGAGCCUGGUUCGGUGUUUUCUUAAAGUCGUCGGCUGCCACAUUCAGAAUGAAUGUGUAAAUUGUUUUGGAGAUAAUGUGGCUUUUAUGCAGACAUUACUUAUGUUGCUCUCCGGUAGCAGUGUAACACAUUCCUAUCAAAAGCCGUAACUGUAACCCCCCCACAAACAGACCAGACCUUGUUCCGACAUCGAAACAGUUUUCAGCUUCCUGGCUCACAGCUGUAGACCAGAACAUUGUGAUAGAAAGAGAUAAGUGGCAGGGCAAUCCCUUUCGGGUGUACCAGCCUAGAUUAGUGUGGAGUUUUUCCCUCCACCUACAUGACACAGAUCUGAGUGUUCCCUGUAGUAUUUCUAACCUAAAGUAGGUCCUUUCGCCUGUCUCUGACCCAAUACACUCGUUUUUUUUUUCUCCUGAAGAACCAGUUUUCUGGUUAGGUUCUGUGUUGUAACUUUGUAGGAAAAAACUGAGAGCAUUUCAGUUAAAUUUGUGCUUAUCUUUCUUCUGACAAACCUGACAGUUGCAUGUACAGGCUGUGAAAUUUGAUUGUGUGGCUCACUGAUGCUGACUUACAGAAAAUGCUGAGUUUAAACUGGACUGAUUUAAUACAAUUAUACAAUAAUUUUAGACCGGACUACCCCGACCAUCUCUGUGCUAAAAGCUGCUUUGUUCGUGCUGUCAGUGGAAUCCAGGGCCCCGAUACAUCCAGGACUAUUUUUACUCAGUUUUGUCUCACGUGUCAUGUGCUGCUGCUCGGUGAAGCCACAAACAUCACCCAAUUACUGAUCGCCUGAAACUAUGUUAUCGAGCUUUGUGACACUGCACAGGGAGUUUACCACACUUUCCAUUUUCGUGGAUAGAAACAGAGGCACAUUAAACUAAUUGGCUGCAUUGUUUAUGGGGUAAUCAAAAAGAAUGAGUGAGGGGAAUUAAGACCAUUUCAAAGCACCAGAUCAGCAAAAAAAAAAAGGAAGCUGGACAAUAAUGUUUAUAGUGUCACAUACAGAAAUUUUAAAGGGAAAAAUCAGAAAACUACUAAAACCUACCAAACCGUAGGUUAAUUUUUGAGUUAUAAUGAUUUUAAUUGUGGACUGACCUGCUUUCACCAACAUGUAUUAGGAGAUUUGGCUCCCCUGCAGCAAUACGGCAAAUUGUUACCGGGCACUGAACUGCAAACUAAUUAAGCUAACAUAAUGCAGACUGGUGCUUUUGAGUGCUUUGUUUUGAUGUUACACAUUUAGUAAGAAAACAGUUUUUCCCUGAAAGAUUGAAUCUGAACCCCUUUGUGCUUCACAUAUUUUCUGAACACACAGUUUGGGAGGGGGACCAGUGGAGGAAAUUCAAGUGGGGUGGAACCCAAAGACUGUAUAUAAAAGAAAGAAGUAGCCACUGUGACAUCACUCAUUGGUUAGUGAAUGAGAUGAGCGUUUUUGAAACCAGCAGUUUUGAGACCAGGGCGUAUCUGGUAGACACACAUUGGCUAAUGACGUGAUAAACACUGCUUCAUCAUUAUUCUGGAAACUAAUUGGAACCACAAUUUGCAAAAUAAACAUUAUGUUUUCAGCUAACAGUUAAGCCCAUUAGCUCACAAUAAAGGUACUUGAAAAUGUGCCGAUUUAACAUAUUUAUCCAUUGGCGCUCCCUUUAAACCCGAAGCUAUGUCCAUCUUUUAUAUACAGUCUAUGUUCCCAUAGACCGGUUUUAGUCUUUAAUGAUUAAACAAACAAGAUGCAGCAUGUUAAUAAAUGAGCUUUAGAUGCACUGGUAGGAGGACAGAUGUGGCAUUUUGAGUCUUUGUUAAAAAAAAAAAAAAAAUCUUAAAUCAUUACUGAAUUUAAGUUGACGGGAACAAAGAAAAUUGGAUCAAUUUGUGGUUGUCUAGCAGAGGUAAAUGAUAGAUAACCUGUGCCGGAUUAAUAGUUUAAUUCAAUCGCCUUGUUCUGUUUCUUUCCAUUUGCUGUGGUUGAAUCUGUGUCACUCUGAAGUAAUGGAGAAUAGCUUUGUGCAGCAGGGACAGACAUUGCACUGGCUGUUUGAAAAAGAGCUUAUAGGAACAAAUACAUCAUGAUCAAAACACUGCCAGUGCUGGCUGUUGGCAUCGUUACAUCGCCGGCUCCUCCUGCCAGCCUGCUGAGGUGGGAACAGCCACAAGCGGCUCCUUCCUCAUCAGUUCACUGGUCUGCACUGAACAGAAACGGCUCUUUAGCAGCAGCAGCAGCAGCAGCAGCAGUCAGUGAGCUGCAGACAGCCCAUGUCAGACUGUCUCUGUGGAUUGUAACGCCAACACUCAUGCAUACCUCCGUUAGCUGUUGUCCCAGUACUCUACAGUGAGCUAGACAAAACACCAGUCUUAUAAAGUAGGCUUAAAGGCUGCUUAGUGAAUGCAUCUGUCGCAACAACAAAACGAGUAGUCAGAUAUUUAAACACUAACGUUUGGAGGGGUAAGACCUCUCCAUGUGGACGGUUUCCUGUUAUUGCUGUAUGGAUUUGUCAUUGUCUAGUCUGGCUUUAAUGUCUCAUUCCUUGGUAGGAAUACCUUUUGGACAACGUGUAUUUACUGCACUCAAGCAUCUGUAUGAUAUGUGAACAGACUCUUUGUAUCUUAUGGCAUUGUACAAAUAAAAGCUUCAUGAAACAUGA